AUGUGGGCAACAGCUCUCAGUGUCGCCUUCUGCGUGUGGUACUCUGCGCUGUGGACCGUCUUCCUCCUUGGACUCAACACGGCCAAGAAGCGCUACUCUCGCCUCCCCACCUCCGACCCUCCUCCUGCUCCCGUCGACCCUGCCACGUGCCCGGGCGUGUCCAUCCUGCGGCCCCUCCGCGGCCUCGACUGCAACCUGUACGACAACCUCGAGGCGUCGUUCCGCCAGGACUACCCGCGCUUCGAGCUCGUCUUGUCCGUCGCCGACGAGGCCGACCCGGCCAUCCCGCUCGUGCGCGACCUCCAGCACCGGUACCCGAACGUCGACAGCACGCUCGUCAUCGGCCACGACACGGUCGGCGUCAACCCAAAGAUCAACAACCUCAUCCGCCCGUACCGCCAGGCCAAGUUUGACCUCCUGUGGGUCCUCGACUCGAACGUCCUCACCUCGCCAGAGUGCCUCUCGCGCUCGGUCCCGCUCUUCUCUCCAGGAGGAGACGCCAAGCACCCGGUCGGGCUCGUGCACCACGUCCCGUUCGCCGUCUACCCGGACGCGCUCCUCGGUUCCCGCGUCGAGCAGGUCUACCUCUGCUCGACCCACGCAAAGAUGUACCUCGCCAUCAACCGCGUCGCCGUCGCGUCGUGCGUCACGGGCAAGUCGUGCCUGUACCGCAAGUCGGACCUCGAGCGCGCGUCAGAGCUCAAGCGCGAGCGCGGCAAGUUGCCCCUCCCGCCUCCCGGCGUCACCAACGAGCCGGGCCUCGCCGCGUUCGGCCAGUACCUCGGCGAGGACAACGAGAUUGGCGUCGCGCUGUGGGAGGAGCUCGGCAUGCGCCACGCCAUGGGCAUCGAGGUCGCCGGCAACGCCGUCGGCAGCAUGUCGUUCCAAAAGUUCUUCCGCCGCCGCGUGCGCUGGAUCCGCGUCCGCAAGUACAUGGUCCUCGCGUCGACCCUGGUCGAGCCUCUCACCGAGUCGCUCCUCUCGGGUCUCCUCGGCGCCCUCGCCUUCCACCACCUCUUCCGCCUCCCCUCGUACCUCUUCCUCCCGCUGCACCUCGUCGCCUGGUACCUCGUCGACGCCGCCCUGUACCGCGCGCUCCUCCCCGCGUCCCCAGCACGCUCGACCGUCGCUCGCCCACCAGCGCACGACGGACCCGGCGCGUCGUACCUCGUCGCGUGGUGCGCGCGAGAAGUCCUCGCGCUCCCCGUGUGGGCGUUUGCCAUGCUCGGCGACACGGUGAGCUGGCGCGACGAAGGGCACGUGUACCGCGUGCAGCGAGACGGGAGCGUCAGGGCGCUGCGAGAGGGCGAGCGGGAGGCGUGGGUCGAGAGGGCGUGGGGCGCCGUCGUGAGGAGGUGGGAGGGCAGGAGUGGGAGCGGGUACGUGACGCUGAGCCCGGACGACGUCGAGGGCAGGGCGGCGACUCAUGCCGAGGUGGCCUGAGCGGCAGCGGCGAGGCUUUUCUCCUCUAGACGGCUCUCGUAGAAACCUUUUUGCUAGCAGGACUUGGCUCUCUCGGC